AACAACAACAAACAACCCUUAUUACACACCAAAAUCAUUAACCACAAAUCUAUCGUAGCAAGACAAGUUACAAAAAUGUCCAACUCCGGUGAAACACAGCAAAUCGACAACAUCAAGGAAUCCGCAGAGAGUGAAUCGAUCUCCAGCACGACGACGAACGAACUUCUUCGACUUGAAGUAUUGGAGGACAGCACCUCAGUCUGUCCCUCUAACAAUACCAACGAUUUAUUGAACUCACCCCAAACGGACACCUCAAAUAUACGACGAAAGUCGUAUAUUAGUGAAAACUCUACAAGCACGGACCACACAAUCAGACAACAGCUCAAAUACAGCAACAUUAAAGGUGACGCCGUUGAGGAUCUGAGACGGAGAAACCGGGAACUUCACAGACAGAGAAGAAAUUCUGGACGUGAUUCAGUAGCCUCUGGCAACAGAGGGCUCCACGAUCAGGAUCUCUUCGAGGACGAAAGUGAUGUUCCGGUGGUCUCCCUCAGUUCUCCCGCGGAGGCGACUGCCGCCCCGUCCGAAGUCAGCCCAAUGGAGGUGACGGAUGCGAAAGCUCCCGCAGUUGAGCCCAAACCUGAGUCGAUGCCGAUCCAAGAUAACACCGGGUCGGGAUCCUCGGGAAUGGACAAAACUCGGAAGCCGGAACAGCCUGAAACCUCCACCGCAAUUCUACCAGUACAGAAAAGCGGGGCUGAAAAGAGGAGGAGGAAGCAGAAGUCCAAAUCCGAAAGACAAAAGGAAACAGACAACUCAGACUGCGAAACAGAGGCUGUGAAACUGACAGACCCCGACGAGGUUUUCAGGAAGGGUGAUCCAUUACUCACCCUGAUCGUAACCAAGGCGGAGGCACUCAGUGACGCAUGUGAUCACAUCACACGUCUUCUGUUCGUGGUCUCACAACCACUCAAAAUCACUCUACUGCAACCAACCAUCGACGGGGCAAGGAUAGAGGUGGAGGAUAAGCCAUCGGCCAUCACGAUCGCAGAAACCCUUCGUAGAGAGGGGUGGAAAGUGACUGAGACUGAUGUGUGGAACCGAUACCAAUUUCCUGUUCCAUUCCAGCUCUCUGGAUUGGAACACGCUGCGGACGGGUUGGACCCAGUAACUUUGGUUCGCGGGCUUAUAUCUCGGAACGUCCACUACGGCUUGCCGUUGGACUCGAUCCGAUAUGUAUCGCACGCAUGGGAAACAGUUAAGGUGGAGGCGGCUGAAGGUGGCACUGCGGCGGCGCGACGGCGGAUGCGUUUAUGGGUUGAUGUCUCACCUCAGGGUGAAGAAUACCUCAUGAAGACAGGUCAUCUCCUGUGCACGCUGACCGCUGCCGUGCGCCUCAGGGAGGCCCCCCGCAACCGCACCUUCCGUCGUAACAGGUCCUAGGACCUUGCAUGAUGGAGGAGUAUCAGUCGCUUCAACUACUGUUCCCCAGACCAACAAUAUCCCCCCUAAUAACACCACCCAUAGCAACACCAACAUCAACACUCAUCACAACAACAACAACAACAACACU